AAUACAGUGCCCAACGUGAGCAACGCCGCCGCCACUGCUGUGCUAGCGAUCCGGGAGAUCGAUUUGGGGCCAAUUUGCCGUAGUUCGUAGUCUUAGAGGUGCCAAGCCACCGCCGCUGAGAGAGAGAUGCCGCCCAAGCGCCCGCCACCGCUCGUGCCAAAGAAGCCGAAUCCCAGCAUGAACUAUGAGGUGUUAAUCUACCUCAACUCUUUCUACUUCGGGAUGUUCGCAUGCUGUGAAAUGGCCAUGGGUCUGCUGAAGGCCAUCAAUCUCAGCUACACCGGCCAUACCCUUGCGCUGGACUCGGCGGUAAUGGUUAGCUUCAUUGUCUUCGAGACGAUCCGCCUGAUAAUGGGACGCAUGAGUUCUUUGGCCGACCGAGGUUGGUCAGCCAUACUUUCGGUCUUCAUGACCGCUCCAUGCUUCUUGGGUGUGUCCUAUUUGCUGCUGAUGCAGACAUACAGACUGCGCCUGGAGUACUGCCUGUGCACGCUGCAGAUUGCCCUUUACCUGACCGAAGUGUGGUACGCCAUCGUCUUCGUUUUCUCACUGUGUCGUCCAGUAACUUAUGAUUAGUCAUCACCAGCCACUGAUGGAGAUGAAGAUGAACAUUUAUAUGUGGUGAUUAGCAAAGUGUUAGCAAUAUACAAAAAGAUCGGAUCAGAAAAUUAAACAAAAUGCAUUAAAAAUGAAGUGAGAAACCGCAGAAGCAUCUAAAUUGCUAACUUGCUCAUGCCCGAGGAGGAGGAGGAUGGAAACCUAACCAAGCAGAACAGAAACAAAAGAAAAAAGAACAUAUGUAGCAUAUAUUAAUACCUAAAGGAUAAGAUUUAUGAUAACAUACAACACACACAUACAUAUAUAUACAUAUACUUAACGGUUUUAUAUACAAAAAUUGUUAACAUUUAAGCAUCAAUUGGAACCAAUAUAAGACAACAAAAAAAAGAAAGCAAGAAAAGCUAAGAAAACUUAAACUUG